CCCAAGGGUGGUUGGGACAAGCCCCUGGCUCUGGCGUCGGGCUCAGGCCAGGCAGGAGGGCAGGGACUCCCUCACAGCCUCCAAUUCUCCUCCUCCUAGCCUCUCAGCCUUGGUCCCAGUGCUCCCAAGCCCCGAGGUGACAGCGUCUCCUCUGACCUGUGGCGGACAGGUCCAUCUUUCUCAUGUGCAGGGGGCAGGGGACUCUGGCUGGGCUGCGGCCCCAGGGAGCAUGCCCUCCCGAUCAGCAAGCUCGGGGACAGGAGCCACACGACCCGAGGCCGGGGACGGGCCUGUGCCCAGGGCCUCGCCUCGCCUCGCCUCGCCCGUGCAGGGCUGCGGCCCGAGUUUGGGGUCCGUGCACGGGCGGAGCGUUGCGACAGCACGUCGGUCGUCCCGGGCGGGCGGCGCGUGGGCUCGCGGAGGGGAGGAGCCGCCCCGCCCUCGCCGCCGGGAGGGAUAUAAGCGGCCGGGCCAGGCUGCCCUGGGGACAAGCGGAGCCGGCGGCGUGCAGCCUCAACCCGCCUGCUCUCGGCCCUGCUCCUCUCUCCCCGGCGCUGUGGUUAUGGAGCCGGUGCGCGGGCCCGCCGUGGCCUCAGUGCUGCUGGCCCUGCUCGCGGGCCUGGGGGCGCUGGUCGACGCCUACCCCGCCAAACCCGAGGCCCCGGGCGGAGACGCCUCGCCCGAGGAGCUGAGCCGCUACUACGCCUCGCUGCGCCACUACCUCAACCUGGUCACGCGGCAGCGGUACGGAAAGCGCGCGGGCCCGGAGGCAGCGCUUGCAAGCCUGCUGUCCCCUGCGGACGGCGAAGACGGCGCCGUGGACUGGCGUCGUCCGGGAAGGCAGGACCGCACCUACCCGUGGUGAGCACGCGAGACCUGGACAUGCACGUGGCGCCGCGGCCCCCGGCCUGGGGUCCUUCCUUCCCCAGGUCCCGGCCCCUCUGGUCCCCAAUAAAGCACAGAUCUCAGACUUGG